CGAGAUUCACUACUCACAUAUUUAUAAGCCUUCCAGCAGAGCUUAGUCUUCAUAACUUGACACUUCACCAUCAUAGAAUUGGAAAAAUGACAUCCGUCAGUACUAGCACCGACUUCCCUGAACAACAUGUCGUGAAGCCCUCAGGAUGUGGGGAGGAGGGUUCGGUUGCUCCUCCCCAAGAGGAAGGAGACGAGUGGGCCGAAUGGAGUUCAACCUCGGUUGACUCGCUUUCUUCUGAUUCAAGCAUGCUUCCAUAUCUUUGGGAAGGGGUUGAAAAUCCUGAGGCACAAUUGGAGAUGGAAAAGGAACGAUUGCUUGACUUGACUCUGAACAAUCUCCAGGCGUCAUUGCUCGCUGGUCUCCAGCAAUCAGAGCAGCAACAGACAACUCUGAUUCCCGUAUCAUUGGAAAAAAGUUGGAGUGAUAACCGUCCGGCCUUGUCAUCAUGUCUAGAGUCGAUUAUACAAUCCUGCACAACAAAAACCAACAUCAAUAAGAAGCCUUUACCAGAAGGUCUAGGUCAUAUGAGGUGGCCUGCUGAACGUGACUCCGAAUGGAAUGAAGCUCCAUUUCAGGGCACGGUGGAAGGUCUGUGGGGUGGAAGAAAGGAUAUCACUGUUCAAGUGACUCAACAUGGCAAGGUCACUGAACUUGCAAAUAAAAUCGCGACUGUUGCUCAAAAUUACCUGAACACAAACGACAUGGAGGACAACUAUGGGGAAACAAUCUUUGACUUUGAGACUGUCCUUCAAGAUUACCUUAAAAACAAUGUCAAGGAGGAGGAUGAUAUGAAGAAGAUCUUAGACUCCACGUCUGUCCUUCAAGAAUCCCUGGAUGCGAGCCGCGUGACAGACAAGAGACCGGGCAAUUGGAACAAGAUCUUAGACGAAGCGACGUUUAGCGCAUCUCAAACGUGUGGCGUUCCCUGGGAAGAAAUCUCACUUGUGACCGGACCUCACCGUCCUUUGCCCAAGAACGAGACAGAUGUGAUGGAAGAGGAACCGGUUGAUCAGUCUGAGCCUCCUCCGCCGUAUCAGCAGGUCGAACCAGGGUAUACUUUAAACAGCCAGUUUUCUGGGUGGAAUUCGACUGAAACAGGCGGUGUAAGUGACGCUAAGUGACGGAUAGCCGUAAGAGUCAGUCAUCGUACUUGGUGGUCCAACUAGAUAUGAGUCGUGAGGCCGAGGAAUGGAAUGAUAUGCAGGAAUGAAAUGAGAGCAUUGAAAAUAUCCGAGAUUGACAUUAGUUUGUAUGUCAUGACGUGUGCCU